AUGAAAUUCUUUUUAAUAAUAUUAUUUACAAUAGGACUUGCAAUAAAUGAAUGUGAAGUAGAUAAUAAAGAUAGAGUAAAGUUGAGUGGAAUGUCUAAAUAAAAAGAAGAUGAAUUAUUAGAAUUGCAUAAUGAACAUAGAAAUCUAGUAGCAAUUGGAAAAGUAAGAAAUUAUUAUGGUGAAUUUUCCACAGCUACAAAUAUGAAUUGUAUUAAGUGGGAUGAUCAUUUGGCAAAAAAUGCUUAAGAUUGUGCUGAUAAAUGUCCUUCUAAUUUUAAACUUGAUUGUUCUUUUCCUAGACAUUAUGGUUAUUUGACAUAUAAAGGUGAAGUUGAUAAUGGAGGAUCAGAUUGGAGUGCAACAAGAAUUUUUAAGAAAUUGAUUUCAUAAGAAGAUUUUGCAAGAUAAAUAGAAUUGGCAACAGUUUAAUUUUUUGGUUGUGGAAGAACAUAAAUUAGUAGAAGGAAUGGUAAGAGCCAAGAAAUAUUUGUAUGUGUUUACAAUAAAGUAGUUCUUAUUUUCAAUAAUAGUAAUCAAAUUUAAAUGGAGAAGUAUAUAAAUAUGGUAUUCCUGGUUAAGAUUGUUUAUAUGGUCGUAAAAUUGAAUUUUAAGGUUUAUGUAAACAAAGUAUUACUGACAUUGAAUCUUUGAAAUUUAGACAUUAAAGACAUUAAGAUGCAUACAAAUAUCAUCAUAAAGAUGAAAAACAUCAUGUUCAUCAUAAUCAUCAUCGUAAAGAUGAUGGAUUUCAUACAAGGGCUGAUUGA